CCCGCACACCCACGGCUGGUUGUCCUAUCCGUCCUCUCACUGAUCUUUUUUUAUUGCAUCACCUCAGCCCGCCCUCUUCUCCUUCGCUCUUGCCUCCUCCCUGCCCAGUACCUCCCUUCCCUUCCCCGGGUCUCGCCUCCCCCCCUCCCCUCUCCCGGCAUCUACAUUUCACGCUCUCCCACACCUCCACCUCUCGGAGGACGUGGGACUCCCUGCCGGCCUCAUCCCCAGCUCCCCCAAGCAAAGAUGGCUGAUGACGCCAGCCUGAUUGAGGUGUCCCCCAUGGUGGCACCCAAGCUUGUCAGAUCCAUCCUCAGCGCGUUGACUUCCGACCACGAGUUUCCGGAAGACCUCUUCUCGGAGGUGCCCUAUUCGCCAGCCGACAAGCCUCCACCCGCGACGAAUGCCGAGACGACCAAAUCCGACAAAAAGUCCUCCAAGCUGGCCAAGAUGUCUUUGGAGGUCGCAUUGGCCGAGGAGCACUACAUCGCGCUGAAUGUCCCGGACAAGCCAAUGCCAUUCAGCACGAUCCGCACCAACAACGCCAAGAUCUUUCUGUUUUACGCGGCGUCCUCUUUCCGCUCGAACAGGAAAUUUCCAACUGACGAGCUUGCCCAGGUUGCAUUCUUCCUGCUGUUUAAUACCGAAAAGGACCCUGUCCAGGUUGCCGAGCAUAUGCAGCACUUUGAGAUUCUCCGAUCGGGGCAUGCCUGGUCUCGGGUACUUGCGUUCCUGUCCUUCCGUCCUGAUCUGGCCGAUGCUUCGCCUCAUCCGAUGAUGCACCUUGCAUCCAUUCCCUCACUGGCGCCGCUCUUCUUCCGGUACACGGAGAACUCGCUGACAGCUGGGUUCCUCAACAACUCCAAGUCCCUCCUGUUGUACGAGAACACGCAGCUUCUUCCGAACUUCAUCUUCAGUGUCCUGGCAACCUGCAGUUUGAAUCCCAACGACAAAGCAACGGCCACCAAGUUCCACUGGGCUCUAGACGCCAUCGCCACCAUCCUUAUUCGUCUUCUUGAUCAGCACAAGACCUUUGGUCACUUCCUCGGCAUCGACAGCUGGGGGCCAGUUCUCUUUGGGGCUCUGUUCGUCAUCUACGACUCGUUCCCCAAUUUCUUCGGAGGCCGAAAGCUGAAGAAGGCGCAAUUCCCAAACCGGCGUAAUCUGGCGGCCGUUCUGGUGGAGAUCGCCAAUCUCUGGGGCAUCACCGACCAGGUCAUUCAUCCGCCCUUCCGUCAGCUGAAGGCGCAUCCGGUUUGCGCCCUGCUGGACGCCCUGAUGUUCUGGGCUCCGCACUACUCCAGCUACUACCAGGAUUUUUUGCCGAAGAAGUACUACUCCCUCAAUAAGCCAUCCGAGCGCCUGGCGCGGUUCUUCUUCGUACAGCUGUAUCAACUGCUGGUGAAGCACUGUGAAAUCUUCGAGGAGGGCAAAGUGCUCCCCGAUGACGGGUCGCUGCUUUCACGAGUGAAGGUGAAGAAUCUGAAUGCGAUCCCGCCCGACGAGUAUCUUCCCUUCGCGCCGCUCUUAUUGCGGGUGAGGAGGGCGUCAAUGUCGUCGGCCAAGGCCAACAAGGCACCGGCCGCCAAGAUCCUGAAGCCGGCGCACGACACCGGGAAGUCGGCAACCAAAGCCGCCUCAUCAACCUCUCUGCCGUUGGCCAAGAAUCAGAUUUCCAUCGACUGCUUUGUAUUCGAUGCCACGUCGGUGAGCCGGUUCGCCUCGAUUACCACGCGAAUCCUCACCGACACCCCGCACUCCAUGAUGCUUGUUCCGGCCCAGCUGAUCGAUGAGAUGGACAAGAUGAAGGCCUUCGGCUCGAAGAAGGCCCUCAAGCUGGCGGCCAACAAGUUCCUUUCGUACUACCUGUUCAUCAGCCAGCUGGCUCAUACUCGCUUCCUCGUGUCACCACGUACAAACUCGAAGCCGGAUGAGAUGCGUCAAAUUGGCAGCCAGCUGCCCCAGGCCACAUUUGAGCAGCUGUCCAAGACCCUGGGCGAGAUGAAUGUGCUUGCUCAGACGUGGAAGCUGAACUUCCUCCUUGUCACGGAGCAGCCCCCCCCGGCGGGGGCAAUUCGGCUGCCGGCCUGCCCGGACUCUCCGGUGACCUUUGUCUCGCCAGGCAGCUUCCCGCCGGUCAUCUGCAAGCAAACCUGGUCGGCCAUGCACUCCGUCACUCAGCUCCGGGACUUCGUCACUCGGAACCACCUGCCCUUUGUGCCUCCGAAGUUGGAGCCCGAGCCCGAGCAGCCCUCACUCGGUGGGACGUCCCUCGGGCCUGGCGGCAAGCCGAUUGUCGUGGUCAAGAAGCCCUCCGCCCCGCGGCCGGUCAACAUGUCAGCCGAGGCCGUGCGAAUCCUCAUCGGCAUGAAGGGCAACGGCGACGCCUCCGGCAAGGUCCUGGCUCUUUUGGUAGCCCUCCACCAGGCGGAUGAGGUCCUGAGUGACUGGACGCUGUUGACCGACUCCCAGGAUGUUUCUUCGGCUGCCGGAUCUCAGAUGCCUGCCAAGACGCCCCCGAUGCCCCUGAAGGGGGUAUCGCCCUCCACCCAAAUUGCCCUCAAGCUGGCCCAUGCGGCAUCGGUCGCGGCUGAGAACAAUUUCUGGGAGGCCCUGAAGGCGUCCCAGACCAGCAAGGCCAAUGUCGAGCAGACGAUUGUCAGCUCCAGCAGCUGGACCGCCAUCGAUGUGGGCAUCCAGGUGCUGAGCAAGAGCUUUGACAAGGUCGUCAGCUGCAGGGCCAUCGCCAGGGAAAAGCAUCGCGAGCUGGCUCUCGCCAUGACGCUGGCUUCCGCGGAGGCCACAGAGUCGGCGGACAAGGCGACUGUCGCCAGGGAUGGUGCCCCUGGAGAGCCCGAAAUGGGCGACCCGAUCUCCAAGGAUACCCCUUUGGCCGAAGCCCCUGCGACGGCGGCGCCGAGUGUCAGGGAGCUGGCCAAGGUGGCCAAGGCCAUGGAAAAGGCUGCCACUUUGGCCACGAACAAGGCCCGGGAGGUUCAAAAGCUCUCCACACAGGCUCGGAGGGAUUACGACGCCAUCAUCCGGAUCUCCGACAAUCCAGAUGUUGUUACUUUGGCUGAGAGGACCCUCUCUCUGGUCAAAACCAUGGGCAGCACCUAUCAGAGUCUUGCCUCGGAUAAGCAUCGUGGGGCUCAGGCCGCGGCUCAGGCUGCGGCUGCGGCUGCGGCUCAGGCUGCGGCUGCGGCUCAGGCUGCGGCUGCGGCUCAGGCUGCGGCUGCGGCUGCGGCUGCGACCACAACCCCGGCCACAACCCCGGCCACGGCUGCCCAGCCCGAGAGUGCCGCACCAUCGCUCGUGGUCACUCAGGCCGAGAGCUCGAUUGAAGCCACAGCAAGUAAGAUGGCCCUUCGGUUGGCGGAGUCCUCGGCGCGAGAUGCCGCCGCCGCUGAGGCUCUCGCCGUGCAAACCGGGCUGGCGGUUGACACUGCCCGUGCUCAUGUGGAUGCGCUGGUUCUCGACGGCGGUGAGCCGAGCGAAAUUGAGCAGGCCCGGGCUGACCUGGAGGCGUGCAUCGAGCUGGCCAACGCCCAAAGGCUCAUCGCACAGGAGAAGCACCGCGAGGCGGCCGCAGCUGUGGCGAUUUACAGCAAGGUGGACCUCGACGUGACCAAGGCCCAGGCCGACACGGAGGCUCUUGCUGCUGCCAGACUCGAGGCAAAGGCAGCCCGGAAGGUGGCCAGGCAGAGGGUCGAGGCCGAGACCAAGGCGGCAUCCAAGGCGGCAGCCAAGGCGGCAGCCAAGGCGGCAGCCAAGGCGGCAGCUAAGGCUGCGACCAAGGCGGCCAAGGCGGCCAAAGUCGACAAGAAGGGCGCUGUGGUGGCGGCCCCGGCCGAUGGGCCCGCCAAGCCCCUCAAGCUUGCCAAGCCGCCUGCCAAGGUGGCCAAGCCUGCUCCCAGCCCCAUCCCCCCAAGCGGUCAUGACAGCACGCCGCCCGGGUCGGCCAACGAUGACAGCAGCCCUGCCUCGGGGCCGGGGCCGGGGCCUGCGGCGCCGACUCCGCCGCCGCCGCCGCAGCCAAAGCCCCGGCCGCCCCUGGCGUCGGCGACUCUUCUCUUGCGGCCAGACAGGCCCAAGCCGACCGAUGCUCCUUCGCCGAGUGCCAAUUCGGAUGCAUCCAGCUCCGAGGCUGAAGUUGGUCCUCCGUCAGCCCGGCCGGUGAAGGACUCCUCUUCGGAGCCCUCUAAGGAGGCCGGCGCCCCGGAGAAGAAGAGCGCCAAGGCCAAGAAAGGCGCGACCCCAUCGACGAGCCCCAAGCUGCCGCCCUUCUCCAAGGUGGUUCUCCUCAAGCGCCCGGGGCAGGAGACCGACGCCGCGCCGCUGGCCCCACAGGGUCAGCCGUCAGACGCCUCCUCCUCAUGA